GUGCCUUCCGAGCGCAUAUUUUCAUUCAGCAAAGAGACCUGCACUCUAGAGCGCAGCGACUUAUUUCCGAUCACACUUGAAGCACUACAAGUCCUGAAGUUUAUUUACAAGCAAGACCGCCUCAAUUUUACAGAGGACCUGGUGGCUGACGAGCGGGACUACACAAUAUCUGGGCAUGUGACUCCCAGGGCAGCUGACGAGUUAAUGCCUGCUGGGAAUCUUCGCGAGCUUGCUCCAGAAUGCAAGGGACACUGA